AUGGCGAUCAAAGGGGUCGCGGCCUCGCGGGAGGACUGGAGGGAGUACGUCGCCGUCUGCUCCCGCAUCAUCGACGCCGCCUCCUCCGGCCACGACCGCCGCGUGCUCUGCUCCACGCUCGCGCACCGCGCCGACGCCCGCGCGCGGCUUGGAGAUGCCGCCUGCUGGCUUGCCGACUGCGACGCCGCGCUUGCGGCCGAGCCGGCGCACCCCGGCGCGCUGCUCUCCAAGGGCGCGCUCCUAAGCGGCCUCGGCCGGUACGCCGCCGCGGACGAGGCGCGGGAGCUCGCCGAGCAGUGCAGGCGCCUCGAGGCGCAGGCGAGGAGCGGGGCGGUGGACCUGUCCGAGUGGGUGCUCGCGGGGUUCGCCGGGAAGUUCCCGGAUCUAGCGGAGUACGUCGGGUCCGUGGAGGUGCUCCGGUCCCCACACGGCUGCCGAGGGUUUCGCUGUGAAGAACGUCGAGUUGGGGGCUACUUUGGUAAUCGCCAAGGCGGUGGCGAUCGGGAGAGGGUGAUUCCUGAUGCCGCCGACAGCGACGAGAAGAUGUUCGUAUGGAAGGACUUUGUCGACAAGGUGCUCGAAGCUGCCGAGAAAUGUCCGAAGUCGGCGGCUUUGAUCUAUACUCUGUCUACCGGCGAGGAGCGGCAAGAUGAGUUUGUCGUCCCGGACAUGGCAAUUUUCAAGAAUGAAACUGAGGGUGACAGUCUCAGUGAUGGUACCAGCGCGGCGAGGGCGAUGGGGACACAGGAGGCUGUUCAUGUGGACAGGAUCUUGAAGGUGCUCGACGUGAACUGCUUGACUGAGGACGCGCCAGCCGCCGAUGUGCUUGGUAACAAUGGUGUCGUCAACUGCGGCGUGGGACUCUGGGUCUUGCCGUCGUUCAUCAACCAUUCCUGCCACCCCAAUGCCCGGCGCACUCACAUCGGGGACCAUGCCAUUGUCCACGCGUCCAGGGACAUCAAAGCCGGGGAGGAGAUCACAUUUCCAUACUUUGAUGUGCUUGUGCCAGUGAGCAAGCGCAGGGAGGCAUCCAGAGCUUGGGGAUUCGAAUGCAAGUGUGAUCGGUGCAGGUUUGAAGCCGAGGAUUCCAUUCUUAGGCAGGAAAUCCUUAAGUCAGAGAACGAUUUGGCCAGUGGAGGAGACAUAGGAGCAGUGGUGGUGUGGCUGGAGGAGAAGACGAGGAAGUCUAUGGUGAAGGCGUUCUUGCGUGCGUCAUUCUGGAGCACAUACUCCGCCUUGUAUGAUUCUGAUAAGCUGAUGAGGAAACGGGGAAGGCGAGUUCCAAGCGAGGCUCUUGUAGCAGAGAGUGUUGCUGAUGCGGUCGGCGGGAAUGAGAGCGUGCUGAAAGCAAUGCUGAGGGGUUCCAGGGAUGGCAAUGGCUGCGGCAACCGGCUAGAGGUGGAGGACAAGGUUGUGACGAUUGGGAGGGCAACCUAUUGCAAGUUGGUGAAGAGACACGCAAUGAGAGAUCUCUUCAGACUUACACUGGAUGCCACCAACAAAAUUAACAUUUAG